GUGGCCUGCGGUCGACAGCUUGUUGAGGAAAGUUGUGAAAGACUCAGACGCUGCUGCUUCUCGAGCAGAUGGAGGCUUGAAUCAUGGCUGCACGGACGAGCUCGAUCCUCCUGCCCUUCUUCCACAGAGUCGGCGUGCCUCUCAGGAGGAAAUGGUGCCUCAGAAGGAGCCCGUGGUUCUCCUCUCAGUGCUGCGGUAGGAGCCUCUCCGGCGGCAUCACUCCUCCCCUGAGCCCGCAGCUGGCUGGCAAGUCGUACGCAGAGCUGUACGAGCUGUCCGUGAAGGAGCCGGAGACUUUCUGGGGCUCCGUGGCCAAAGACAGGCUGACCUGGAGCAGAGCCUUCCAGCAGGUCAGCGACUGCGACCUGAGGGCGGGCAGAAUCAGCUGGUUCGGGGGAGGACAGCUCAACGUCUCCGGUGAGGAAGCAGCUUUCUUAUGUUUUGAAGAAGCGAGCAGCCACCUCCAUUUUAGGACUUAAGUCACUUUCUUUACC